GUCAAAACAAGGUGGUACUAGAAAUAAAUAAACAAGAAUGGGCGAGGAAGCUGAUGGAAACACGGAUACCUCGCCUACAGUUACGUUUCCAAGUGUGGUCACCCUCAAUGUUGGAGGAAAACAUUUUGCCACCCGGUUGUCAACAUUACGUCGCUAUCCCGAAUCCAUGCUUGCCGUAAUGUUCAGUGGACGACAUAACUUGGACACAGACCCCGACGGCAACUACUUUAUCGACCGUGAUGGAACCCAUUUUCAUCACAUCCUCAACUUCCUACGUCAUGACGACCCACCACCAGCCGAUCUGGCGGAGGAAAUUCUCAAGGAUGCUGUGUAUUAUGGGAUAGAUCCACUUAUCGAUCAUCUCAAAAGUUCCCCGGCAUUAUUCACAGAAUACGUAGUGAGGGAGAACUUACGUUCAAAGCUUGUGAAAUACCAUGAUAUUAAAGAUGAUAUCAUCAACUUGGCUAAGGAUCAAGUCCGUCAAACUGGAGCCAUCAAGUCAACUGUGCGUCUAGUCGUUACCAAGAACCAACCCAUUCCACGUGACCUACAGUUCUCGAAGCAGGUUUAUAAGCAGUUCUAUCGCAGAUUUCGGACAUAUGAUACUUUUGAAGAGUGUCUCGAGAAAUAUUUUAUUCAAGUCCCAGCAGACAAAGUCAAAGGUCAGCCUGAUUUAGUAAUGAAUGAAGUGGCCAAUUGUAUUCUCUUUGACUUAAAGCGUGAUGGUUACAGUGGGAACUGUCGACCGGAAAGUAUUCACGAGGAACACAAAAUUAAGACAGUCACAUGGUGCGAUGACCAGUUUCAUGUGUUUGCGAGUAUUCACAUUUUCAACUUUAAUUGGUUGGAAAGUGACAAAGUACCCUCGCCAAACCAUCAUCGUCUUCAUAGUGCAAACUUUUAGAUGUGGUGAACAUUGUGCAGUGAUACUAUUUUCAUUGAGAAUUAAUGUGCGACAGAACAAAUCAUCAUCAUCAUCAUCAUCAUUAUCUUCACCAUCAUCAUAUGCAGCAGCAUGAGAAUCAGCAACAUCAAGUACUUCAUACUUUUGUCCCGUCUCAGAUGUCGUGUAAAGUUACUAUGGAGUUGAGCUUUAUCAUUUUGGAAAGAAAAAACAUAUUACACAUAGAGCAAAACAUAUUCAAGAAUUGGUAUAUUUGUUUAGAACUACCUAUGGUUUAAACUUGGUUAAGUUUUUGAAUACUUUGUUUAUGUCCAUUAGAGAUGGGAAGAACCUGUCUAUGUGCAAUCAUAUAAAGACACCUGAAGUUGUUUACAUUGUCAAGUGAUGUAGAUGGUGAUUUUUGACACUUGGCAUUAACAGUGUGGAAUACAGUACACGAUGAUCUAGACGUCUCAGUGUGAUCCCAUACAGAUCCCAUCAGCCAUGUUGAUAAGAUGAACCUGAAAUGUUAUUAGAAUCUAAUUUAAUUUAUAUUUUUACCUUUCUAAAGGUAUUUAUUUCCUGUUUUGAUUUCACAACUUUCAAGGCCAAAGUUCUAAGAUUCCUGAGGCUUAACAUUACCGUUGAUUGACAGAGGAGCACAAGAGAGAGAAGAAAAGAGUAUGGACAUUGACAUCAGAACUGACAUACUCUUGUACAUGAUUUCAGAGAUCUUUAAUUGUCAAUGGUGAAAUUGUGUGAAACCUUGUUGAUGACUUCAGUAACCAUGACAACACAAAGAUGAUAUGAAACUACAUGACAAGCUUUAAGGAUUCAAUAUUUAUGCUGUUUUUUUAGCUAUUUCCUGCAUUUCAAGCAUAAUUCUUUUUGUUUUUGGAGAAACUUUGGCUUGUUCCUGUGAAGACAGUUGUGACAUGAAACAUACCUUCUGUACAACUGUGUAUUCACUUUGAUAUGCCCUAAUAUAUAUAUAAACAGAUUGAUGAAUUCCUUUGCUAGUAUAAUUCAUAUUUGUUGUGUUUGUAUUUAUUUACAACUUGUGUUAUGUAAAUUUGAACUGAGAGGGUUUGUAGUGGAUUUGUGUCUCUGCUGUCAUGGCUUCGUGACACUGAUAAGAAAUUUUAUAUUUUCCAUCUUUUGCUUAUAUAUUUAUUUUUAUCAGUUAAAUAUUUGUAUUGUUUAUUUGUUUGUGCCAUUUAAAGUUUAUCUAUCAUAUUCAAGGAUAGGUAUAGUAAUAAGAGUACCAGAUCAGUAUGUUUAUAGCUUUUAUCCAUGAUAUUCCUUUGCCAAAAAUACAAAGAUGCUAGAACAAAAAUGCUCCUAAAUAAUAAUAACAAUAAUAAUAAUAAUAAUGGCCAUCUAUAACAUGCCUUUUCCACACACUUGUGCAUGCUCAAAGCGCUAAGACAUUAUUAACCUGGAUGACCAAAUCUGCCUGUAAGGCGCUAGGUUAUUAGUCACAUGACUUGUCCCACCAGGUACCCACUUUCUGCUGGGUCAACAGAGGCAAUUUUGAACAAACUCGCUUGCCUAAGU